AUGCUCAUCCUCCGAAAAAUGUCCACUAUUGCUCCAGCCCGGAUCAUCAGUCAGAAGUCGUACCAAGUCGCUGGAAAGCUCAAGGUGACCGAGCACUUCUUCGACGUUCCCAAGGACUACUCCAAACCCGACGGAGGCACAAUCCGUGUCUUUGCUCGCAGUGUUCGCAAGCAUGAGACACCCAUAGUACCCGUCGUGGGCUCCGACAAGGAAAGUAAAGACCAGUUGCCAUGGAUGGUCUAUUUGCAAGGCGGGCCUGGAAACGAAUGCCCCCCGCCUCAAUCGUUUGCUGCGACACAUCGGGUUCUGGAUGCCGGGUAUCAAUUACUGUUCCUUGACCAACGAGGGACCGGCCUAUCCACCCCAAUCACAGCAUCAACACUACAAAUGCGAGGCGAUAACGAUGUCCAACACCAAUAUCUGAAGCUCUACCGAGCUGACAGUAUCGUCAAAGACUGCGAAGCAAUCCGUCAAGCUCUGACAGCCGACUAUCCCGAGGAGAAGAAGAAGUGGUCGACCAUGGGCCAGUCGUUCGGCGGCUUCUGCACCAUCACCUACCUGUCUUUCCACCCAGAAGGCUUACGAGAGUGCUUCAUGUUUGGCGGGCUGCAGGCGCUGGUGAAGUCUCCUGACGAUGUGUAUCGUAAAACUUUCGUCAGAGUCAAGGAGCGGAACGAGGCUUACUAUGCCAAAUUCCCGGAUGAUGCGGAAAGGGUUCGCACAAUCAUGAACUUCCUUGCACGAUUCGGUGAUGGUAAGAUCAAGCUGCCGUCGGAUGGCAAUCUCACCCGGCGGAGAUUCCGUCAGCUGGGGAUUUCGCUGGGAAUGCAUGGAGGCUUGGAUAUGAUUCACGAUAUUGUGCUACGAGCUAGCUACGAUAUUGAGGCCUUCGGACAUAUCACCCGAGGCUCUCUUUCAGCAAUCGACAACAUGUCAUCAUUCGACGACCAUCUAAUCUAUGCAAUUCUCCACGAGCCAAUCUAUUGCGAAGGCCACGCGCCCAACUGGUCGGCAUACCGUGUUCAGUCCGAAUUCCCGGAGUUCGACAUCGACCGCAAGGAUGGUCCCAUCUACUUCACCGGCGAGACGAUUUAUCCCUGGAUGUUCGAAGACUAUGCCGAGCUUCGCAAGGUCCAGGACGUGGCCAACCGCGUCGCCUCCGACUCAAGUUGGGGUCCACUGUUCGACGAGAAGCAGUUGGCGAAGAACCAAGUUCCGGUGUAUGCCGCCAGCUACAUCGAGGAUAUGUAUGUCCCCACGGACUUCGCCCUGGAGACGGCGACGAAGAUCAAGGGCUGCAAGGUGUUCACGACCAAUGUCAUGUUCCAUAAUGCUCUUCGAUCUCGCGUGGAUGAGGUGGUCAGGCAGGCGUUUGCGUUGCGGGACGAUGUGAACGAUUGA